GGCUGGAGAGAGGGUUUUCAUCGAGAAUUUCAGAAAAUAACAUCUAAACCUCUCGUGUAACCGUGGAUUUUCAUGAGACGGUUUAAAAAACAUUUUAUCUGAAAUUCUCUUAAAUCUCUAGUGAGAUUUUUUUUUAUUUUAAACGAUAUGUUUAAAUCCUGUAUUGGGAAUGAAACACCAAACCCCGGUUUCUUGAUCUCAUUAGCAUGAGCCUCUGGCGGCUGGAGGAUUCUUGUUUACACGGUGUCCUGCUUAUUCCUCUAAUCUUUCUCCUUACCUCAUGAAAACAAAGUGUGAGAAAGGUUCGCCCUUUGUCCCAAACCCCACACAUUUGUUGUAUUACACAGCCAAGACCAUAUCUGCCCACUCUCUCUGUGUCCUACCUCGAACACCACGGAGACACACUGUAUACUCCGCCCAAGCCGUGUCCAAGGAGCGUUCUGGAGAUCUAAGGCGGGGCAAAACUUCCCAUGUAUCCACGCUUGCUCAAGAUGCGCUUUAAGACAGGAGAAGAAACCCGGGAAAGAGACGAGGUGAACCUAUCUCUAAGUUUCUCCGGGGCAAGAAUUAACCUUACUUCCCAACCACUACAAAAAUACUCAGAGAUAGCCAGAGUACCCGCCCCUCAACACAGCCUCUGUGCCUCAAUUUCUCUUCCCUGUAAGUGACAGAUCAGCGCUGCGCUUCCUGUACUGGACUAAAGACUAGCUCCACUGGCUGUGUGGGGCGUUAGGGUCCCCGAGAAGGAAUCCAGCUUAGCCCCAGCUGAGGAACCCCUCUCUUCUCAUUCCAGCUCUCUAUUCCUCAGUUUUUCUUUGCCCUGGGAGUGUAUACUGGAAAACCAGAUGGAUUGGUUGCCCUGAAACUCCGAGUUAGCGCCUUCCAGGUACAUCCUCUCGAUGCGCGCCUCUGUCGGGAGUCCUCGGGAGCUCCUCGAAGCACCCUCUUGAGAUACAGGCCACGCCCUUCUCCUCGUCUUUGUUUUUGAGAAGGGUCAGUCCUCCCAGAAAGGUGACCAGGGAUUGAGGGCGAACAGAAGGGCCCAAAAGCCAGAGUUUGGGGAGGAGGGUGUUGGGUUAGCACGUGGUUUCUUUGGGAACCAAUGGAGCACGGUAAUUUUGUCACCGGGUCCUGGUCCCCUACCCUGCAGACAAGGCCAAAGGAAGGCGUGGCCUGGACCUUGAUUGUACGUCCAGGAGUCUCUUAGACCCGCCAUCACAAAAGGGGAAGUUAGGCGUACUGACACCUGGUAGUAGUAGAGAACUUGGCAGCUCCGCCCCCUAGGCCUCAGAGAUGCUGCUGAGCCGGGUCACCUCCACUCCCUUCUCCGUGGACGACAUCCUCAGGCUGGAGGGUGAGCAGAACGAUGCCAAGACUCCGUCACAGUGGGAGUUGCAUAGGAACCCAGAAAAGCCUCAGUACCUAACAAUGGACCUGGAAUCGGGAGGGUCAGAGAGCGUCGGCGGCGACAGGGCACAAGCUGGAUCAGACCCUCUUCGGUUCUCCUGGGAGGCAGUCGUGGAGAUGGAGCCAGAGACUCCUCCGCGCGCGACCUCCCUGCUUGGAGCUGGGAACCCGAGGAUGGAGCGCGGUGCGGGCGACGGCGGCGGCGACAGCGUACACCGAGGCGGCCCGGCGCCGGCCCGGAUGCGGCUGCGGCGGAAGCCCCGCGUGCUCUUCUCGCAGGCCCAGGUGCUGGCCCUGGAGAGCCGCUUCAAGCAGCAGCGGUACCUGUCUGCCCCUGAGCGCGAGCACCUGGCCAGCGCGCUGCAGCUCACGUCCACGCAGGUCAAGAUCUGGUUCCAAAACCGGCGCUACAAGUGCAAGAGGCAGCGCCAGGACCAGACCCUGGAACUGGCGGGCCACCCACUGACGCCGCGCCGGGUGGCAGUCCCCGUACUGGUGCUGGACGGCAAGCCCUGCCUGGGUCCCGAUGCUCCCGCGUUCCCGGCUCCCUACGCGGCCACCGCGUCCCAUUCUUGCUUUGGCGGCUACUCGGGCACUCCCUAUAGUGCUAGCUACUCCGGCCGCUACACCGGCGCUGGCCCCGGGCCACUCACACCACUGGCCAGCUCUGGCUUCAGCCCAGGUGGCCCGAGUGCCGCCCCGCAGGGCCAUCUGCCCGCCACGCUACAGGGAGUCACGGCCUGGUGAAAAGCCGGAGCUCAGCUACUGCCAUUAAGGGCCUGGUGCCUGGUCCCCUCCCCUUUCCAGCUGCUCGCAUCCAGCGAGUUGAGCGUCCGCCAACGCGCUGGAAAGCUGCGAUCGGUCUUGCGCAGUCCUCCUUACUGAUCUGCCCAGAGGAGCGGCGCUGAGAACAUUCUUUCCCUCCGAGAUGGAGCUGGGCUUUGGCUGGCCACCUAGAUGCUAUGAAAAGAGGAUAGUAUGGUGGCUAACAGUUUGGAAGCAGGUGAUUCUGAGCCACAACCCACUUUAAACAAUUGCAAGCAUCCUGGAGGCCUGGGGAUCAAGGCUGUCCGCACUCCAUCCCUUAAAGAAACAAGUGCGCAGGGUAGUGGGGAUGCAGGGUUGAGAAGAGAAAAAUAUCAAGCCGCUGAAGAUACCAAAGGACACGAGCCUGAAAGUGCCCCAGACAUGGUUUUAGGGUUUAAGCAUCCUGGACCUCCCGGAACACCCACCGGAGAGCACUUUCCCUGGUGGUGAUCUCACCUCCAGAGAGGCCUCUCUACUCUCAGCAACUGCAUUUUGUUCAGGGAACAGCCGGACGAGUAAAUGAGCUAACUAUA